GGCCUCCGCAAUAUGGCUGCCUCCUUGUUGUGCGGCUGAGGGGAGUUUGGCUCUACGGGACGUUCCUUUUCUGUUUCUAAACCCCUGCUAUUUGGGGAGCUUGUAAGCGAAGAGGAGUUAUCGACUGCUCGUCGCGGGGAGCGCGAUGGGCCGGACUGGGUUCGCGUCGCAGCAGCCGGGCAGGAAGGAAGCACCCCCGCGGGGGUAGGACGUUCCCCCACCCCGGCCGCCACAAGCUUUCGGAAACAGGCCCAGGAGGGAGACCUGAACCGGACUUACCUCAUAAAGGGUGAACUUGUGGGGGGUGAGCCGCUUUCGCCUAUUACUCACCAAGGAUAGGCAUACCCACGCCUGGAACAGAGAGCUGCUUACUGCCAAAUCACCUCUUUCCCUGCAAGCGCCACUCUUACUAAUUAUUUUGGGUGAAAUAAGAUUGCAGCCCACAUUCUUAUAGUGCUACUUUGAGUGGGAGACUAUGGUGAAAACUUACUCUUUUUUGUAGCUCCUGUUAUGACGAGGAUUUUGAGUUAAGAAUCUUCACACUUGAAUCCAGAGAAGAGAUCAAGAUAGUGAAGCUCUUUAUACUUUUGCUAACAGCUCCCACAAAAACACUAAUAAACAAGUUUUGUCUUAAAAGGACAUCUGCUGAACAGCAUCUGCUAUCUUUGCUUGAAAGAUUCCUGUUCUGACUCCUCGGUGGAUAGCAAUUUACCUCCAUCUUGGCUUUCUCAUCACUCACUGUCCGUGUAGCACAAGGCAUCAGCUUUACUUGGAACAAGCGUGCCAAACUGACCUAUCAGUUUAGUUCUACAUUUUCCUAACAACUUGGCCAUGAUUAUGCUGCUUUGCUAAAUCACCAACUACUACCUACUUUUUUGUAUCUAAAAUACUCGUAGACUUGUUUUCUCUAACUUUGUGAACAAAUACUCCCCGAUACCUUUCUGCCAAGGUUAAUAAUAGUUUCUGUUGUGGGCAAGAGCUGUUUCAGUAAAGGCAAUUAUUUGUAGCCUCUAUCUUCCUAAUAUUGAGAAAUGGUUCAUGGGUGUGUCUGGCCUGAUCCUGAAGAAGGCUGAAAAAAGAGGAUCCACAUGCAUAUCAGUGAUUCAGUCACCUCACCAAGUGAUCAUCCAUUUCUUGCCAGAAAGUUGUUCUUGGUAUAUUGAUUGCAUUACUCCAAGCUUGUCCUUUCCAAACAGGAAUUCUCCAGCUGCUGAGCAGGGAACAUUGUGACACUCUUUAGAAUAGUAGCAUUUGCAAAACUGCUUUGAGCAGAGCAGCUUCCCAUGUAACAUCUGGAGGAACAGUUGACCAAUUGUGUUACUUUUUCAGUCACACUUUGUUGGGAGUGGGGAUUUCUGAUCACUGGUUACUUUGGCUUCACCAGUUCUGAUGGAGUCCAGUAUGCUACAGUCACCUCUCCUGGGGCUUGGGGAGGAAGAUGAAUCAGAUAUGACUGACUGGAAUUUGCCUUUGGCAUUCAUGAAGAAGAGGCACUGUGAGAAAAUUGAGGGCUCCAAGUCACUGGCUCAGAGUUGGCGAAUGAAAGACCGGAUGAAGACGGUUAGUGUUGCCUUAGUCUUGUGCCUAAAUGUUGGUGUGGACCCUCCUGAUGUGGUGAAGACAACUCCCUGUGCCCGUCUUGAAUGCUGGAUAGAUCCUCUAUCAAUGGGGCCACAGAAAGCUCUGGAAACUAUUGGUGCAAAUUUGCAGAAACAGUAUGAAAACUGGCAACCAAGAGCCCGAUACAAGCAGAGUCUUGAUCCUACAGUAGAUGAAGUUAAGAAACUAUGUACCUCAUUGCGUCGAAAUGCCAAGGAAGAGAGGGUUCUCUUCCACUACAAUGGACAUGGUGUCCCCAGGCCAACAGUGAAUGGAGAAAUUUGGGUCUUCAACAAGAACUACACUCAGUACAUCCCGUUAUCCAUCUAUGACCUUCAGACAUGGAUGGGCAGCCCCUCCAUUUUCGUCUAUGACUGUUCAAAUGCUGGCCUUAUUGUCAAAUCUUUCAAACAGUUUGCCCUGCAGAGGGAGCAGGAGCUGGAGGUGGCUGCAAUUAACCCAAACCACCCACUGGCUCAGAUGCCGUUACCUCCUUCAAUGAAAAACUGCAUUCAGUUGGCAGCAUGUGAGGCUAGUGAGUUGCUACCGAUGAUCCCUGACCUGCCAGCAGACCUGUUCACCUCCUGCCUUACUACACCAAUAAAGAUUGCCCUCAGAUGGUUUUGCAUGCAGAAGAGUGUGAGACUGGUACCAGGAGUCACACUGGAUUUAAUAGAGAAAAUUCCUGGGAGGUUAAAUGACAGAAGAACGCCUCUGGGAGAAUUGAACUGGAUCUUUACAGCCAUCACAGAUACAAUUGCAUGGAAUGUCCUACCCAGAGAUCUUUUCCAAAAGCUCUUCAGGCAGGAUCUACUAGUGGCAAGUCUCUUUCGAAACUUCUUACUGGCAGAAAGGAUAAUGAGGUCCUACAACUGCACACCAGUUAGUAGUCCUCGUCUACCUCCAACUUACAUGCAUGCAAUGUGGCAAGCUUGGGACCUUGCUGUGGAUAUAUGUCUUUCUCAGCUGCCUACUAUAAUAGAGGAAGGAACUGCAUUCAGGCACAGCCCAUUCUUUGCUGAACAACUAACAGCGUUUCAGGUAUGGCUAACGAUGGGAGUAGAAAACCGCAAUCCACCGGAACAGCUUCCCAUUGUACUGCAGGUGCUGUUGAGUCAAGUACAUCGGCUGCGAGCGCUUGAUUUACUGGGACGAUUUUUGGACCUGGGUCCCUGGGCAGUUAGCUUGGCUCUGUCUGUUGGCAUUUUCCCCUAUGUGUUAAAGCUCCUUCAGAGUUCUGCUCGAGAGUUAAGGCCUCUUCUGGUCUUCAUCUGGGCCAAAAUCCUUGCAGUGGACAGUUCAUGUCAGGCCGAUCUUGUGAAGGACAACGGUCACAAAUAUUUCCUUUCUGUUUUGGCAGACCCCUAUAUGCCGGCUGAACACAGGACAAUGACAGCUUUCAUCCUGGCAGUGAUUGUCAACAACUACAAUACAGGGCAGGAAGCCUGCCUUCAAGGGAACUUGAUUUCUAUUUGCCUGGAGCAGCUGAAUGAUCCUCACCCUCUUCUGCGCCAAUGGGUGGCUAUUUGCUUGGGGCGGAUCUGGCAGAAUUUUGACUCUGCAAGGUGGUGCGGCGUGAGAGACAGUGCCCAUGAAAAGCUGUAUAGCCUUCUGUCUGAUGCCAUCCCAGAGGUUCGCUGUGCUGCAGUCUUUGCCCUUGGAACCUUUGUAGGCAAUUCAGCUGAGCGGACUGAUCAUUCUACUACGAUUGAUCACAAUGUUGCAAUGAUGCUGGCUCAGCUUAUCAAUGAUGGAAGUCCCAUGGUCCGAAAGGAACUGGUCGUAGCAUUGAGUCACCUCGUGGUCCAGUAUGAAAGCAAUUUCUGUACUGUUGCCUUGCAGUUUAUGGAAGAAGAAAAGAACUAUGCACUGCCCUCUCCUGCUGCUCCAGAGGGUGGAAGUUUGACUCCAGUGCGAGACAGUCCAUGCACACCAAAACUCCGUUCUGUUAGCUCCUAUGGGAAUAUUCGAGCAGUUACCACAGCGAGGAACUUGAACAAGUCUCUGCAGAAUCUCAGCUUGAAUGAAGAAUCAGCCGGAAGCUCCAUUGCAUUUUCUCCAGGGAACUUGAGCACCAGCAGCAGUGCCAGCAGCACUUUGGGCAGCCCUGAGAAUGAAGAGUAUAUCCUGUCUUUUGAGACCAUUGACAAGAUGAGAAGAGUCAGUUCCUACUCGUCACUGAAUUCGUUGAUAGGAGUUUCUUUCAACAGUGUUUAUACACAGAUUUGGAGAGUCCUUUUACACUUGGCUGCUGACCCAUACCCAGAUGUUUCAGACUUGGCUAUGAAAGUGCUCAACAGUAUUGCUUACAAGGCAACUGUCAAUGCCCGCCCCCAGCGUAUCCUUGAUACUUCCUCCCUCACUCAGUCUGCCCCAGCCAGUCCCACCAACAAGGGCAUGCACAUACAUCAAGUGGGGGGGUCACCACCAACCACCAGCACAAGCAGCUCCAGCUUGACCAAUGAUGUGACAAAGCAGCCUGUCAACCGGGACAUCUCAUCUGUAAGACCUGCAAAUGUAGGCAACAUGGGGGUGCAGUACACUCCCCACUCCCACCAAUUUCCUAGGACGAGGAAAAUGUUUGACAAAGGCCCAGAUCAGACAGCUGAUGACGCCGAUGAGACCGUGGGUCACAAAAAUUUCAUGUCAGCAGUGAUGCAGACUGGAUUUUGCGACUGGAGUGCCAAAUAUUUUGCCCAGCCUGUGAUGAAGAUUCCAGAAGAACAUGAUUUGGAGAGCCAGGUCCGCAAAGAGAGGGAGUGGCGGUUUCUACGCAAUGCUCGAGUACGAAAGCAAGCACAGAAAAUCAUCCAGAAAGGUAUUUCAAGACUAGAUGAUCAAAUAUUUCUGAACAGGAACCCUGGCAUGCCCUCAGUGGUCAAGUUUCAUCCAUUCACUCCAUGCAUAGCUGUGGCUGACAAAGACAGCAUCUGCUUUUGGGAUUGGGAGAAAGGGGAGAAGCUGGACUACUUCCAUAAUGGAAACCCACGCUACACCAGAAUCACUGCCAUGGAAUACCUGAAUGGGCAAGACUGUUCUCUGCUCCUGACUGCUACAGAUGAUGGUGCUAUACGGGUGUGGAAAAACUUUGCUGACCUGGAGAAGAAUCCAGAGAUGGUAACAGCCUGGCAGGGCUUAUCAGACAUGCUACCAACGACACGUGGUCUGGCCCGAAGGGUUUCAAUCUAUCUUGACAGAAGUAAACAGGGAGGAGCAGGGAUGGUGGUAGACUGGGAGCAAGAGACUGGCCUUCUCAUGACUUCUGGAGAUGUGAGGAUUAUCCGAAUUUGGGACACAGAUCGAGAAAUGAAAGUCCAGGAUAUUCCCACAGGAGCCGACAGCUGCGUUACCAGCCUAUCUUGUGACUCUCAUCGCUCCCUUAUUGUAGCAGGGCUUGGUGAUGGCUCCAUCCGCGUUUAUGACAGGCGGAUGGCUCUGAGUGAAUGCCGUGUGAUGACCUAUCGGGAGCAUACAGCCUGGGUAGUGAAAGCAUAUUUGCAGAAACAUCCUGAAGGCAACAUCAUGAGUGUCAGUGUAAAUGGAGAUGUCCGUUUCUUCGACCCCAGAAUGCCAGAAUCAGUAAAAGUGCUUCAGAUAGUCAAAGGACUGACAGCGCUGGACAUCCACCCACAAGCCAACUUGUUUGCAUGUGGCUCAAUGAAUCAGUUCACCGCAAUCUACAAUGGGAAUGGAGAGCUGAUCAACAAUAUCAAGUACUAUGAUGGGUUCAUGGGCCAGAGAGUGGGUGCCAUCAGCUGCCUGGCCUUCCACCCACACUGGCCUCACCUUGCAGUUGGAAGCAAUGACUACUACAUCUCAGUGUACUCAGUGGAGAAACGAAUCAGAUAACAGUGCCUGGCUGCGUUGUCGGAGCAGGACAUCUUCUGGCUGGCGGGACCAUGUCUCUCACUCAUGAUGUACAUAGUGAAACUAUCGACUUGAAUGUUUAGUGUUGGCUGCUGCUGCUGCUGCUGUGCAACCCCCAUAACUUGAACACUUUUUCCUCCUGAUUUAGCUACUGAUGAUUUUGAGUCUGAAGAAAGGGAGUGAAGCACUCUCUUGCUUUCCUUACAGCCAUUGCCUCCAGGAGCUACAGAAAAGGAGUGUUACAUUCUCUGCAGGUACCAUGACCACUUGCAGCUGCUUCUCUGGUUGUGAUAAUACGGCUCCUGCAAACAAAGGAGGUCAUUUCUUCCUGGAAGAGGGGUGGAGGUUUCCUUUAAAUCAGGAAAGAUUUCAGAACUUGCCUGCUAUUCCACCUAGAAUGUCUGUGGCUGCUACCUAUUUUGUGCCACAUGCUGGUCCCAGCAGUUGCAUGCCAGCAGGCUGCCUGGUUGUGGAUAGUCUGUGUGUCUCUUUCUGUUCUGUAUGCCACUGGCCACUAAAUUCUCUAACACUCACUGGAAACAGUUAAAAGGAAUUAGUGGGAGUCUUAAGAAAGAGAGAGUCUCAGUGCUGCAGAAGCUACUACAGAGUUGACUGCCACUGUGGAGGAGAAAUUGCCCCCAGUUGCCUGAUGAUCAUUGCGAAACAGGAGUGAUGCAUUUGAGUAGCUGCAUCUGAACACGUGACAGGACAGGAGACCUUCCCUUCUUAUGCCCACCCCAUCCUUAAGUUGCUCCAGCCAUCCUCUCCUCUUUUUGCUCACAGGAGAACCCCAUAAGCACAAGAAAUGGCCGGCUACCUCUGCAUAGACCGUUAAGGAGUUUGCUUAUCAUUGUACCACUGCCUUAAAUUCUCCCACCCCACCCUGCUCUCUGUUUGCGGAAGUGCUAUUACUCAGCUUGGUAAUGGAUACAGAGACAUGCGUGCAGCACACAUACAGAUCAGGCCUGUGCAGGAGUCCCUCCUCCCUGCUUCCACUUCGGGCACUUGCACUUAGGCUAUACAUAACUGGGCCCAUGUAUAUGUUGCAUGCAUGUGUGCUCACUGCAAGGGAACUGCUGGCUUCCGCUCUUUAGAGCAUGCUGGUUCCAUCUUGCACACCAUCUACCCCCCAUAUGAAGAAGACUGCAAUCCUUUUAGAGCCAGGAAAAGCAAACCCCAGUGAAAGAAUGGCCUGGGUAGCUCGGGGCACAACGCCACGAAGACCCUGCAUAGUGCCGAGCCAGAACUGUGCAGUUACACAGGGCCUGGCUUCGGUAUCAGUUGUCCACAAUGCUGUGGAGCCGCAUGGAAAUACAGUCUUGCCAAUAAUGUUGCUGAUUUUGAUCAUAUUAAGUGCAGGGAGCCGUCCAGCGCGUUUUGUACUGUGGAAAUUGGCUCUGCUUUACUUGCAGAAUCCAUCUCCUAGCUCUCAUUAUGAAGCCUGUUUUAUAUUGAGAGGCAGGCUGAGAGUCACCAUGCAAAAUGAAAGGAGGAUUGCUCAUACAGCUAGAGACCUGUAUUGCAGGCCACCAAAAUGAAGUGAUAGAAAUAAACAAGAGGUGACUUGACACAGCAGGCUGCUGACUCCAGUGUCAGUUGUGCUGGGAUGUGCAGUAUUUGGCCCCCAUUGCCCUACCUGGCCCUUGCUAAGUGGCAAUGAACUCAGGGAAGGACAGAUAGUUGAUAGAUUUUGCUACCAAGCAUCAAGCCGGAAUCUGGGAUCCAUGUAUAACUGACCUAACCUACACAUUUAAAAACAAAUGAGAAGAAGAAUAUGAUGAUGAUGGUGAUAAUGAUUUUUUUUGUAAACCACAUACAAUGUCUUUGUUUCAAGAACAAGAUCCUCUGUGCUUCCUCUCAGCUUGUACAGCCCAAACUUGGUGGUGGUAUUCUUCUCUUCCCCCCACCCCACUUCCUUUUUUAAGAACUCCAGCCACCAGACUAUCAGCUUUCAGACACGUGUGGGGAGGGAGGGCUGUGCUUUUCAGAGGCCUGAUGUGGAGUUCCAAUCAUGAAGUUUAACCAAGAAUCCAGAAUGCAUCCUACCUACACAGUUCACUUAUCUCUAUUUAUUUUCCAAAAGAAAUUCAAUGGAAAAUGCAUACAUUUAAUAAUAAACCACCACAGAUUGUAAUGUGAGAGUAAAACAAUUAAUGAAAUAAAUGGUUAAUAAAAUAGAAAUGCCAGAACAA